AUGCACCGCGCAGUUUGUGCGGACACUCAGCCCAACCGCGCAGCCAGGGCCCACAUCUCCUCGGGAACCCACGGGGAAGCCUUUCUCCCGAGCCCCCGUGGCCCACCGCUCUCCCCAGGACUAGACCCGUACAAGUCACCUCGACCUCCUCCAUGUCUCCCACCUCUGCGGGUUGGGAGCCGCGCUGGGCAUGGGGAGGGCACCAGAUUCCGGCGACCCGGGACUAUACCCACGCCCAGCCGGACACCCGCGGUCAGGCCGCCUGGGUCUGGCCGCCCGUGCGUGGACUGCCACGCGUUCGAGUUCAUGCAGCGCGCGCUGCAGGACCUGCGGAAGACGGCCUACAGCCUGGACUCUCGGGUCCGUGUCCAGCGCACUGGGGCCAUGUCCCAUCUGCUGCGGCAGAGGACGGAUCUCCAGUCCCGAUCCAGGAUACCGGAGGAGGGGAUGAGUCCGAGGCCGGCCGAAAGGGACUGGCUGGAAAGAGGACAGUGCUGGAGGGCACACCCUAGGGGGCAGGUUUGGGGCCAGGCUCUUGGGGGCCCCUCACUUGCCUCAGGAUUGCAGUGGGGUGCAAGACAAAGACACCAAGAGACGGAGACCCUCCUGCUGCAGGCCGAGCGUCGGGCCCUGUGUGCCUGCUGGCCAGCUGGGCGCUGACCACCCCAGCCAGGGUUGUCUUCUGUCAAUAAACGCUGCCCACGCCCAUGUCCUCUGUC